CAAAUCCACCUUGUGUGCAAGAUAUGAGGCAGGGAAAAUACUCUGACUUCAGAAGUAACUAAUAACUUCAAAUAAAAAGGAAUUAAGUGCCAAAAAGUUUGAAGAUUACUGAACCAACAGUUUAAUCAUUACACUGAGGAAAUGCUGUAACAAAUAACUCGGAAAAGACUGUGCUUCCUAUUUGAGCUAGCAACAUUGGGUAAAAAGUUUUUGGUUUAAUGUGGACCAGUGGCCAUUUGUAUAGCCAUUUGAACAUUGCUCUUACUGUAGUUAUGUUACAAAGGAAAAUCCAGGACGGAACAUUGUCUCUCUGCGACUCAGCUUCUCUGCUAUGUGGUGAUUGGUGGGAUGAUACCUCAUGCAGGACCAUGUUGACACCUCUCCACCCAUUGUACUGUGUGGAAAUGGAGUUCAAACUGCAGCAUGGAUAGCCUGCAAGUGUCCCAGAGCCAGCCACAGCCACAGUCCCAGCAGGGGGGCAGGGCGACGACCACCAGCAGCCGGAGUGCGUCGCCCUCUCUAGCCCGGGUCCUGCAGCAGCAACAUGCAUCUAUUGGCAGUGACAGUGGCAGAGAUGUGACAAUGAGCAGCUCAAUUAAAGGCAGGCGCCGCUCGCCAGUGGCUGCGAGUGGUACUGGCAGUGGAAGCACUCGCCGUGGAGGUUCUGACGGGGGUAUGCCUGCUGCUGCAGCUGCAGUGGGUGCAAGCACCAGCCCACAACCUUUUGCAGUUACAUCUGAUGACACGUCAGCUGCCCUGACACCAUCUCAUCACCAUGAUGAGGAGACGGAGCUGUACCAUCCCUCUACAUCAAUGUUAUCCAAUGGUUCAUCAGAACAUGUAACAGCAGCGCUGUCAGGUGAUGAAGUUGAUGGGCAUAGUAUGUCUGAUCUCUCAAGAACAAGAGCUGCCAUUGAACACAUGCAGUCCAAGAUUGGUCGGACAAAGGAAAUGAUUCGUGAUGAACAAACAACGCGAGAUGACAAUGUAAACGAAUAUUUGAAACUAGCUGCCAAUGCUGAUAAGCACCAGCUACCAAGAAUCAAGGCAGUCUUUGAGAAGAAGAAUCAGAAAUCAGCUCAGUCCAUUUCACAACUGCAGAAAAAGUUGGAAAGUUAUAAUAAAAGGCUUCGAGAACUAGAGACGCAUGGUCUUUCCAGCUCUCAUAGGCAGCCACGGGAGGUGCUGCGUGACAUGGGGCAGGGACUGAAAAAUGUUGGUGGCAACAUUCGUGAUGGUAUCACAGGGUUUUCAGGAACUGUAAUGUCGAAACCAAGAGAAUUUGCACAUCUUAUUAAAAACAAAUUUGGAAGUGCGGAUAAUAUUAACCAGCUAGCACGAAAUGGUGACGGGAGCUCAGUGGAGGAUGAGAAAGCACACCAUGGGAGUGCAACUCUACCUGGUGGAUGCAGUUUAACAUCCACACAUGCCUCAUCGUUGCGCUUUCCUUCAGAUGAAAAUUCAGAGUGCAGCUCUGUGACCAGUGAGAGCUUACCUGCAGGAGGUGGCAACCAGUUGCCACAGUCUCCUCCUCCCCAUCAGCCUGCAGCGCACCACACUCCACAGAUUUCAUAUUCUAAUCUGGAAUCUAUACUACAAGAGCUACAUGAGCGUGGCGAAGACUGUGAGCGGCUUCGUGAAGAGCUGGAAACAUUAAAGCAGUCACUGCAGCAGGAGGUGAGUUUCCUGAGCCAGGCAUUGACAGAGGAACGCUUCCGCAGUGAGCGUCUGGAGGAGCAAGUCAACGACCUCACUGAGCUGCACCAGAAUGAAGUGGAGAACCUGAAACAGGCGCUGGCCGACAUGGAGGAGAAGGUGCAAUACCAGAGUGAAGAACGACUCCGUGACAUCCACGACAUGCUAGACAGCUGCCAAACAAAGAUCUCAAAGAUGGAACACCAGCAGCAACAGCAACAGCAAUAUGUGACGCUCGAAGGACUGGACAACUCAAAUGCUCGGGCACUUGCAGUGAAGCUUAUCAAUGUACUGCUGACUGUCUUGCAGGUCAUUCUCCUUCUGGUUGCAACAGCUGCUGGCAUUGUCAUGCCAUUCUUGCGCACACGUUUACGCAUCCUGACAACAAUUAUUUUAGUUGGUGGAGUGGUGUUUGUACUGAAGCAGUGGCCAGAACUAAGGGAUGUUGGUAGCCAUCUGAUACGUCACUGGAAAGAAGCUUUAUCUGUGAAAUAGGAGAUUUAAAACUAGCAGCACCUCACUUGCUGCUUUUCGCCCUCACUGGUGCUACGAUGGAGGAUUGUCGAUGUUUGCAUCUGGACAGUCAGAGGAAUAGUACUGCAUUGCAUCACACUAUGCUUGCUUAGUUUGAAGAGUCUGGCUGUUUGUGUGACUGAGUGUACAUACUAUAUUUUUGUGUGUCAUUAUGUAAAGAUAUGCACAUUUUUAAGAAUUUUUAAUUAUUCUUUAGUGUGUGUGUGUGUGUGUGUGUGUGUGUGUGUGUGUGUGUGUGUGUGUGUGUGUGUGUGUGAACCAUUGAAAUUGAUCUCCUAUAAUUUUCUAUAGUAUUUGCAGUGGAAGCUGAAUUGUUUUCAUGUGGUCACUUGGCAGUCUGCAAAAGUGAACAUUCAGAUAAAUGAAGAGUAUUAAAAGCAGUCUUUCAGUUUAAAGCAAUGUGAUAAAUAAUACAAUGGCUUUCUCUGUAUAAGUGAAUCUCGUUAAAUAAGUUUAACAUUUUAUGCAGUAAAAAUUACACAAAGUACAUUCUGUUGCUAUUGCUACACCUUCAGUGAAUGAAGUUUUAAAAGCUUAGAAGGUAUUUAAGUAGUGAAACCAGAUUGAUUGUAAAACGUGUUCAAUUAUUUAAAUAUUUAUCUGUGUAUUUUUUAUUUAGUAAUUAUACUCUACUUAGAAAAUAUAUGAUUCAUGAUUUUGUGUGUGUGUGUGUGUGUGUGUGUGUGUGUGUGUGUGUGUGUGUGUGUGUGU